UUUUAGCAGCCCAGCUGUGCGCUCCUUUCUUUUAUCUGUGUCUGCGCCUCCCUUGCACGGACUCCGUCUCCACUCCUUGACGACUCACGAGCACAGCAAGGCUCGCUCGCUCGCACACACCAAGCAAGCAGGCCGCAGGCGUCUCACAGGCUCUCCGCCGUCCCCCAACGCGCUUUCCCCGGCGCCAUGGCCAGGCUGGCGCUGGUGCUCCUCCUGCUGCUGGCCGUGGCGGCGUCCGCGUGGGCCGGCGCCGGCGCGAGCCACCUCGAUCUGGGCUUGGGCUUCCUCUCCUCCGGGGACCGCCGGCGGGAGUGCCGCGGCACGGUGGCCGAGUGCCUGGACGAGUCAGAGGGCCUGGACCUGGGGGCGGGGCCCGCGUCCGUGGAGUCCCACCGCCGCGCGCUCUACGGCGGCGGCGGCGGGUACAUCAGCUACGGCGCGCUGCGGCGGGACAACGUGCCCUGCUCCCGCCGCGGCGCCAGCUACUACAACUGCCGCCCCGGGGGCCAGGCCAACCCGUACCACCGCGGCUGCUCCCGCAUCACCCGCUGCCGCGGCUGAGCGGAUCCGGCAUUCCACCCGCCGCCGAGAAUAAGUUCUUUUGCCCUGUUCACCCCACCCGAGUGCUACCGCUACCGCCGCCGCUGUUCACAAGUAGUACUAGAGCUAUGGAUUUUCAUUGUUGUAUGGGGGGUUUGUUUGCCAGAUCCUUGUGCUGAUCCUAUGUCGCCUUAAUACUCUUAUUAUUCUUUCCAUUCCAUUGCUUUGAUUGCUGCUUGGUUCCUGCAAGUGUCCUGUUCAGACAGAUUCUGAGUUCGGGUUGCUCAUUCUCAAGAGUCCGGGAUUCGUCGUGGAGACCUGACCUAGAGCAGCAGAUGCAGAUCCGUGUUCCUGGCUGAUCCCUGCUCUUUGUUCUUUCUGCUACGAUCCCACCUGCAUUGCUGCUUGCAGGAAUGGAGUUUUUUUUUUUUUUGGAACAAUUGGAUCUAUACUAUUAAAAGAUCCAAACUUUAGAUAUAUACCAUGGACCACACAUGUUAUUGACUCAUGUGAACCCACAUGUAAGUGAGAUAGUAAUGGUAUGGAUCCAAAGUGGUGAUCUUU